AUGAGAAGUCGCGCCGUACCACCAAUCAUCGCUUCAUUUGGUGCCUCAGCAAUCCUCUGCUACGGCGCCAUCGACGUGCCCUUCUCGCAACCACGCUCCCUAAUCUUCGGCCACUUCUUCAGCGGUCUAGUCGGAGUCAUCAUAGCAACCAUCUUCCAAUUCGACCUCGAGAAAGAUCCUUACCCACGACUGCAAUGGCUCGCUGCUGCCUUGGCCACAGCUAUCGCUCUCGUUGUCAUGCAUCUGACUAAGAUGACUCAUCCACCUGCUGGAGCAACAGCGCUCAUGCCGUGUGUUGACCAGCAUAUCUGGGCGCUGCGAUGGUACUUCUUGCCGGUCUUGCUGCUGUCGUCGACCGUUGUGCUGGUUACGGCAAUGAUGGGAAAUAAUGUUCAGCGGCGAUACCCGGUGUUCUGGGUUGCGCAGAUUCCGCCACCGGCACCGGCACCGAAGGCUGAGGAGAAGAAAGAUGCGAUCAAAGAGGGCUCCUCUGAUGGAAGCGUGGAUGGAUCACACAAGGACGUGGAGAGAGGACCUCUGUAG